AAUCCCGUUACUUUUAUUUUUAAUGUAUUAAUCGUACAAAUGUACAAUAUACAUACAAUUAUUUUUUAUCAAUCAAGUGGUUCAUUUUUUUUUUUUUGGUUACUUUUUAAUUUUUUCUCAGAAUGUAGCAUUUCUGUUUUUUUGUGUAUGUGGACAAAAAUGUGAGCGCUCGAUUAAAGUACAAAAGAUUACUUUUACAUUCUUUUAUUCUAAAUUACCUUUUCCAAACUACGUUACCUAUUAAGUCUUCAAUUAUCACAUUAACUUAAUAAGUUAUAUCGUCGUAUUUAAAAUUUUCAAAUUCAUAUUCUUUCAACGUGUCUCGCUGCAACCAUAAUCUGAGCUAUAUAGUACAUAGAUUAUUGUAAUAAAUAAUUCUUCUCAGAGUUUGACAGCGUUUCUUUUCUACGAUCCAAAUUAUUAGUGUAAUGACGUCUAAUGUCAAAACAGAAAAUAAUACUGAACUGGGCAUGAUGCCGUCGCAAUUAUUGAACGUUGUAAUUAACGAUUCUAAUGGUAGUAAAAAAAACCAAACCAUGGCUACAAUUUCAUCAAUGUCAAAAUCAAUGAAACGAGCAUUGGAGUCUGAAACCACAAUAAUUCCUAUAUAUACAAAUUCAAAUUUCAAGCAAACCAAGUUAGAAAAUGGACAUUUCAGACGCAAGGAUAUAUCCACAGUAAAUGAUUUUCCCAUUAAACUGCCCGCUACACUAUUAGCUGAGUGUACCAUUGAAAUUUCAAAUAAACCAAGUAACAAUUCUAUACAUCACAAUGAAAAGAGUUUAACUAUUAGAAACCGUAACUUAACAAAUUAUCAAAACAAAUUUGCAGUUGAAAAACAGUUAAAAGCUACAGAAAAUGAAGUAUCCGAAGUAGAUAUUCGCGACAUGAUGACAAGCGUUGAAGCUGUUUACUCCGAUGAUGAAGACAUUCCAAAACCUGUAAAACCCUGGAAUUUAGAAACAAAACAACCAGAAAUUCUUUUUCCAUUUUCAUGUGAAUAUUGUCCAAAUAAAUUCAGCAACCGUGGUGCUCUCUGGCAACAUACUGUUGCCUUUCAUACUAUUGAAAAAACAUGUGAAUGUAAUUUAUGUGGACGUAAAUUUUAUCGUAACUGCAGUCUUGCAUUACAUAUGAAAAGCCACUCAGACGAAUACAACUGCGCUUGUUCCAUUUGUGGUCGCGAAUUCAAUCGAUUUACAUUAUUGCAGAGACAUGCUAAGCUACAUUCAGAGGUGGCUCAAUACAAGUGUACAGCUUGUAACAAGUCAUUUGAUGAUCUGAACACAUUGCAAUUGCAUGCAGCUGAACAUAAAGACAAAUUGGCAUGUGAACAGUGUGAAGCUGUGUUCACCACUAAAGAAUCAUUGGAUAUACACAUGGAGGCUAUGCAUGGUGACCAUCAAGAAGAUGUCAUACAAGUCAGGAUGAAUGGAGGUGAAAAAUCAUACGCAUGUCGUUUUUGUGGUAAAACUUAUGGGGCCAAAGCAAUAGUUAAGAAACAUGAACUAAUCCACACUGGUGAACGACUGAAAUGCGAAGAAUGUGGUAUUGAGUUUACACAGAAAUCAUCACUAAUGCGACAUACAAAACGCAUACAUCCAACUGCCAACACAUAGAAUAAAUAAAUAAAUAAAAUAAGUACCUUCAAUUUCAAUCUUAAUAACAUAAAAAUAUUUUUAUAUUUAAUAUAAAAAUAUAUUUUUAAGUAUAUAAUUUAUAUAUUACAUAGAAGUAAGAAAAAAUUUAUAUUUAAACAUUAUUUUAUAGUACAGUUAUAUUCAUAAUUUUGCAGUUCGACCAAAUUAUUUUUAUUAGUCAAAUAUAAAACCAGAAUUUUUACAUAAAGAACUGAAUUAUACUUACUGAACGUAAGCUUCUAGUUUUUUUUGACUAGGAAUUAUAUUUAUAUUAAAUGAAUGACUGCAUUAAAAGUAUCCUUUAUAUUAUAAAUAUAAUAUUUAGUUAUAAUACUCGCGUUUACACUAAUUAAAAUUACUUAAGUGAUUUUCUAUAAGACUUGAUUAAACUGCCUGUCCAUGACUAUUGUUACAUUUUGAGGUUAAGUAUAAACAAAUUUUUAUAUUAUAUAUAUUUUAAGUGGCCACUCUUGAUUAUCCAGGGUAAUCCAUUGCUGUGAUAUGUAAAUACAGGUGCUGGGAUUGGGUAAUAUAAAAAAAUAUGUGAUAUAUACCCAAGUCCGAAAUAUACAUUUACUACAAUUUACAACUUAUGAUUUUUCUUCUGUGAUAAUUCUAGAAACUGAGCUUUUAUUUGUUUGUUUAUUUAGUAUUAGAAAUAUAAAAUAAGUUUAAAUCAGUUAUAAGAUUCUAGUGUUAGUCCUAAAGUCUGUUAAAAAGUGCAAUUUAUUUAAAUCAUUUAUAUUUUAUUAUAAUGUUUAUUUAGAUUUAUGUAAUUACUAAUUUUAAUUGUUUAAUUUUAUAGGAUGACUUAUUUAAUUCUUAUAUUAAUUAAUACUAGGUUCACAUAUAUUUUUAAUUGAUUAUCACAAUCCUAAUUUGAUUAUUUAUAUUAAUAGUUGUUCUAUAAUUAUUAUAACAGUAAUUAUUAUUUUAUUACAAUAUAUUAUAAUCCUUGUUAGUUGUAACUAUUAAAUCCUUAACUAAAUUUUGUCGACAUCACUGUACGUUUUAAAAUCAAUUCUAAAUGAUAUUUUAUUUAUUGUUUAAAAUAAUUAAUAAUAAUAUAGUAUAAAUAGAGAAAUUUCCACGACAGUAAUUAUACAUAUAUAAUAAAAUAAGUAGGUAAUAGUGGUAAUACUAGUGUUAGCAAUUACAUAUUAGUCAAAAAUCUUUUUUCCGCCUCAAAAAACUUGCCUUGUUAACAAUUUGUAUAUUAAUAGUUGACUCUUCUCAUACACAUUUUACUAAUUUUGUAAAUGUAAUAUAUAAAUUAAAUUGGCCAAUCUAUGUGUAAUUCAUUUUUAUACAGUAUGUUAUUUUAUGACUAUAUAUAUAUAUUAAAAUUGUUAAAUUUGUAGUUUACAAUAUUGAUAAUAAUAUGAACUUUAUUUUAUGUUUAGAAACUGUUAUAUUCCUGUGUGUGCAAAAGAUUUUUAUCAAAUAUUUAUGUUUAAUUAUAACAUAAGUAUAUUUUUAAGUGUGCAAUGUAUUUUAUUUUUAAAAAAAAAUUAUGAAAGUACAUAAGAGAACAAAAAUGACUGAAUAGGAAUAAUGUAAACUUUUUAACUAACCAUGAACUGUUAUCUAUCGUAAAACAAAUUAUCAAAAUGUUAUAUGUUUAAUGGCUUCAUUUGAACUACUAAACAAUAUAAUAGUAUAACAAGUAAAUAACCUUUGACGGAGAAUAAAAUUUAUUAUUUGUAA